AUGACCAGUGUAGAGAUUUCGUCUCCAGUCGAUCCCGUGUUCCCAACCAAGUAUCCAGCAAACACUUUCUGCGAGUGGCUGGUCCAUGAUGAAUGCGCUGAGGGCUUCACAAUCAAAACAACCAGAUUCGAGAUUGAACGCCAUCCAAGAUGCGUUUAUGACUACCUAGCGAUAGCAAAUGAAGAUCAAAGUUACAACUCCACAUUUUGCAAUCAGCGACCAGUAUACGAUGACGAGUCGAGCAGCUACGAGUCUUCUAAUAGCUCAUUCAGCUCUUACAGCUCUUACUACUCUUACAGCGGUUCUUGGACCGAUGAUUUUGAGGAGCUCGGAGCAGGCAGCGAGUUCUUUGUUCCAGGAGACUCGAUCAGAAUCAAUUUCGCGAGUGAUAACGUCUAUCAAUUUGAGGGAUUCCAAUUAACUGUUACUCCAAAGCGAACCGAUCCCCAAUGCAUCGUCCAGGUUAACGAGCCUCUCUGCAUCUUCCCCUACAACAGUGACCAAUCCAUCAUGAUGAAAACUUGGAAAAUCGAAACUCAAGAUAAACUCGUCCCAUUCUCAAAUUACGCUGGCUCCUUCGAAAGAGGUCAAAAUGAAGAUGGAGAAUCAUUCGCAAAUCGAUGCGCUGCAAAAUGCGUUGACACUCCCGGAUGUUUCAAAUUCAAAUACGACGGCCAAACUUGCGAUCUUCGCGGAAACGAAGUGGAAAAUGCGAAUGCUUUUAGUUUUGCGAUCAAUGGAGAGGAUUGUCCGAACGAUCCAUCGAAUCUUCUCUGGAGAGAUAGCAAAGCAACGACUCAGAUUUUCUGCCUUUUUUAUGGUAUCGAAGCUGCCGAAAAUUACUUGGACUAUCUCAGAGCGGAGAAUGGUCAAAUGACCCAAUGGCAAAUUUCUGAAAGCGGAAAUGAGCGAAGAAUGACUCGAAGAUGGUCAUUUUCCGAAGCAACUGAGCGACCAUCUAGCUUCGGGCAUUGGUACACCUUCGUCUCCACUAUCUACUUCCGCAAAUAUCUCGUUCCAGUAAAUGGAGCACAAGUAGAGCCAGCUAGAAAACGAAGAGAUACAGACGAGAACGAAGAAAUCCUUAAUCUUGUGAAUGAAGAAGUUCAAGACUUCAUCAACAAUCUCAAUGUCGGAGAUGCAGAAGUUCUCGAAACUGAAGUCUUAGAAACUGAGCUUGAAAACAUGGAGCCAAUUGAUGAUACCGACACAAAUCGAAUGAUUUACGCCUACACCACCAUGAAAGAUCUCCUCGACUCAAGGAUGAUAGCAGAAGGGACAAGAAGACGGACGUUGAAAAUAAAGCAAUUCGGCCGAGUCAUUCGAAGAUUUUCCUGGAUGUACGAGCAUUCUUCUGACUCAAUCUCUUGCGACUCUCCAGCUGAUUCACUUUUCGACACAUACGGCUGGACGACUCCAGAGAUUAACGAAAGCGACAUUUGCGGAAGCAUCGUUUCCUUGAUGGAAUCAACGAUGUCUUUCUAUGAUCACAAUGUUUGCUUAGAUCAAAUUGAUCUUAACGAAAAUCGAGAGGCAAAGCGAAGAUAUGACAGUAUUGACUCCGAUUUCAGACGAUCAAAACUGGUCUUCAAUCGUCUUCUUCGAGGACUCAAAUGCUCAGAACGAUUGGCCAUCAAUUGA